CUAUCUCCUCUCAUAAAUAUAUAUUCCUGUACGCAAGCUCCGUUUGAUUGAAAUUGUGCCAUUUCUAAUUUUCUAUCUACAAAAAGAAAAAAAAGGAAGAAAAAAUUGUGCCAUUUAUACAUGCUGAUCAUGAAUUGGACCUGACCUCCCAAGUUAGAGGUAGAGUCCUCUUUCCGUAGUAAAAUACACAAAAUGUCCCCGAAAUCACUAUCCUCUGCAGCUCCGAGUCAUCCUCAGGCAGCCACAGGGAAUUCGACGACGGAGGACACGCUCAGAUCGAGCUCUGAAUCCUCGCCCGCCUUUACCGUCAACUUCAGUCGGAAAUACGCCCACACUCUCGAAAGGAACUCCUUCAAAGAGAUGUGGUCCAAAAUUCACCCCACCACCGCCACCCACCAGCUACGAUGGGAGCAGGUGCUUUACCCAGACCGAGAAUGCGUGGAAGACGCCCUUCUCCACGCCAAGUCCAACACCCUCACCGGUCUCGCCAAAGCCUACUUCGACCGCACCGAAAACGCCGCCCAUCUCUGCCAACUCCUCCUCGACAGCGUCUGUAGUGCGCGAGCCCUCUAUGCGGGUCUCCACGCCUUCCUCCGAGACUCUGACUCCCCCUCCCGUUCCUCCUUCACCCAACCCCAGUGCAACCGCGUCUUCGACCUCUUCCGGGAGUUCGAUCGCCCCGGAAACCCUUUCGCUGGUCAUCAAUCCCACGGUUUAAACAUGUUCUCCCAGCUCAAGCAAGAUCUCUGCAGUUGCCGCAAGUCCCGCUCUCGUAUCGGCCUCCUCCGCAGUUGGGGCUGCUGCUGCCGCUGUUCCCAUUUCGACUCCAAAGAAGCUGCCCGUAUGGCACCACUUCACGAUGUUCUUUCGAGCACUAUUGUUCUAAACGAAGAGCUCAACACCGUCGACUGCUUCGUUCGUCAUUUGUGUGGUGCGGUUGACCGUGACAAGUCCCUUGUUCGCAUGGCCCUGGAGAGGGACAGCGAAAAGCAUUUCAUCAUUAACACUCUUUUAACAGAUCACGUAGUCAAAGAAAUCCGGGAGAACCAUCAGAGUUUCGAAGAACUUGAGGAACGUAUAUGCAUAUGCUUUAAAUCCAUCAAUAAGGCCAGAGCUCUACUCCUCCAGGAGAUCCAUCUUCAUCAUACUUUAGUGUCAACAGAUUACAGACAUAGGCAAGGAGCUCAAUAAGCUGCUAACUCUCAUGAAAACUUUGUAUACAGUCCAGGAUGAAGCUUCAACUAUGGUGGUGGAAAAGUAUCAGAGGAUUCUAGAGCUUUUCAUGAUUUGGGAAUAGCUUCAUAUAUACCUGAUUAUCUCUGGUCUUUGGACCUCUUUACUGGGGACAACCAGCUACAAGCCAUUUCCUUACAUAACACGAUCAGAUACGUAAGAAAAGAUAUUAGCUUCACAAGAAUCGUGGACAAAGACGCUCAAUUGUGACCUUGGAAGAUGGCUACCAUGAGCGAUGAAAUGAAAGAAAUUUGUUUUGCGUCAAACGCAUUGAUUCUGAAAUUCAUGAAUUAUUUAUUAAUCUUCGUGGGAUAUAAAUACAUCUCAUACAUAUCUCACAUUUAAAUUUACUAUUGGAUUUUGGGACCAGAUACAAAUUCAAUGAUGAAUUUGGAACUUUGUUGUAUGGAGAUAUAUAGAAAAUGCAUUUGUAUCAUAUCUCA